AUGCCGCAGGCACGCUGGUGGAACGCUGUUAUCGCGAGCGGCCGGACUAGGACGUGGGAACAAUUGCCUGUCACCGCUGUCGGGUGGUCAGGGACGCCAGGAGGCAGAGGAUCCGUCGUAGCUGCUGCAACACGACUGACGUCCACCGCCGCCGCGACGGGGACGGUAGUCCAGCGGCCGGCCGCCGUCAGAACAACAUUACGUCGCGGUAUGGCGAGCGUCACGUCCGGCGGCAAGGUCCUCACCGAGGACAAUGUGUUCACGAACCUCCGGAAAAUGGAGUACGCGGUACGGGGGCCGCUUCUCAUACGCGCCCUCGAGAUCGAGAAGGAGCUCCAGAAGGGGGCCAAGAAGCCAUUCAAGGAGGUGAUAAAAGCCAAUGUGGGAGAUGCACAUGCUAUGGGUCAGCAGCCAAUCACCUUCCUGAGGCAAGUGCUGACCCUGACAGUGUCGCCGAAUCUCCUCGAUGAUCCCAGUUACCCUGAGGACGCGAAGGAACGAGCUAGGAGGAUCCUGUGUGGCUGCAAAGGAGGCAGUGUUGGCUCGUAUUCGGAAUCAGCAGGGAUCGAGGUCAUCCGCAAGCAUGUAGCCCAGUACAUAGAGGAUCGUGAUGGGAUUCCUUCUGACUAUCGCAACAUCAUCCUCUCAAAUGGCGCUUCCGAUGGAAUCAAAUCGUUCCUGAAGCUGUUCAAUGAAAGAUUAGAUGGAAAACCAUCCGGCGUGAUGAUCCCUAUACCUCAGUAUCCUCUCUACUCUGCUACAUUAGCAGAAUUUGGCCUCGCUCAGAUUGGCUACUAUCUAAACGAGGAGAACAAGUGGGCGCUGGAUAUCUCUGAAUUAGAAAGAUCUUUAAAUGCGUCGCACAGAGCCUGCAAUCCACGGGUAUUAGUGGUAAUUAAUCCUGGUAACCCAACCGGCCAAGUUCUGACGCGCAGCAAUAUCGAGGAUAUCAUUCGAUUCGCGCACAAGAACCGGCUGUUCCUAUUGGCCGACGAGGUUUACCAGGACAAUGUCUACGACAAGGACAGUGCAUUCCACUCGUUCAAGAAAGUCAUGACGGAGAUGGGAGAGCCAUACUCUAAAAUGGAACUAGCAUCGUUUAUGUCUGUGUCUAAAGGUUAUAUGGGCGAAUGUGGAAUCCGCGGUGGAUACGGGGAAAUCAUUAACAUGGAUCCCAAAGUGAUGGCGAUUCUGUUGAAAUCUAUCUCAGCUAUGCUGUGCCCCACUGUCCUUGGUCAGGUCGUAAUGGAUGUCGUGGUAAAUCCACCGAAACCGAACGAACUAUCUUAUAAAUUAUUUGUGAAGGAGAAAGAAGAUACUCUUCGAUCACUGGCAGAAAGGUCGCAACUGGUGGUUGAUACGUUGAACAGCAUUCCAGGCUUCAAGGUGAACCCAGCCAUGGGUGCUAUGUAUGUGUUCCCACGAAUCGACUUGCCAAAGAAAGCCAUACAAGCAGCUGAGGCGGAUGGUCAACAUCCUGACGUGUUCUAUGCCUUCAAACUGUUAGAAACGACCGGCAUAUGCGUGAUACCUGGCUCUGGUUUUGGGCAACGACCCGGAACGUAUCACUUUAGGACCACAAUUUUACCGCAAAAGGAGAAAAUCAAAACGAUGCUCGAGAGCUUGAAACAGUUCCAUCUGAAGUUCCUGGAAGAGUACAAAUAAUCGUAAAAUUGUAACACCGUUGCAUUUGAAUUAGUACUUGAAAUGCCAGGAUAACGAUAAUGCAGAUUCUCGAAAUUUAUACACACGAGGAGAAGCGGUGUACCUAGUACGCUCGUGCAAACUUAAAAAGAAUUUCUUUAUACUUAUGGAACUUUUUUCGAAAAAGUAUUUACUGCAUUUUGUAACAAAGAAUCACAGAAAAGAUUUACGGGAUUGUUGAAGAAUUUAUUGGCACAAGUUUCUGGCAUGGAUAGAUGAAUAGAUUAUUGUCUACACGAAUGACAUUCACGAUUCGACGAACACACUGUAUAUAGUAUGAAUUUGUAAUUGUGUUGAGAAGCUGAUGAACUUAUUUUUGUUUUUCAGGAUCGUGGAGUGCGUGGUGGGGUGUCUGAGAGUAUGCGUGUAGUAAUUCGUGGAUGAUGUCGCGCGAUUAUACGAUAUGUUUUUAUAAUACUCACAACGAUUUUAUCAAAUCAAGUACAUUCAGUCAGCUUCUACCUGCUAUUAGAAAUCCACGUACUGUUUAUGUUGCUAAAAGUACUCUGUUCGCGAGAAGUAAUAAACCUGUUCACCGUUACCGAUCUAAGUGGAACAAGUAUGUGAACAUAAAGGUUUUCACAGUGAUCAGGAUAAUCACAGUUCAUUAUAGAUGCAAGAAAAUUGACCGAC